GCCCGGUCUCUCCUCUCUCGGUGGUAACCGGAAGUUGACGGACACAGGGCGGCACCGUCAGAUGACAGACGGUGUUUAACGUGGAGUAACAAGUGUGUGGACGUGGUGACGAGUCAGGUGAGCUCCAGGAAGCCAACAAUGACAAAGUGAGUCCUGUCAAUGGCAAAACGGGUCCUCUCAGAUGCUCUGGACGAGCCCGGGGAUGACGACUCGAAGCGCUUCAAGUGGAACCCCCUUAAAGAUUUAUCAGUCAUCCCAAAGAACCAGCUGGAGAAUGCAAACACACCAACAACAGCUCAAACUCAGAUUGAAGUGGGAAGCAGGAGCCUCACCGCCCAGUAUGGAAGUGUCAUCUACAUGCCUCAGCUGAGCAAUGUUCAUGCAAACCAGAUCAAUUUCACUGUCGCCAACACGCCUGUGGACGUCAGUGAUGUUGGAGAAACUUCAGCAUCCUCUUCUCAGUCUGAAGACCUGAUUGUUCUGGUGCCAAAGAACCGACACAUCUCAUUCUACCAAGAACUGCUUCAAUCACACCUCCAUGAUAAGUUCAUGUGUGCACAAGAAGGGUUGAUGGAAAAGACGGAUGAGCAACAUCUGGAUGAUAUCUACACAGAGCUGUACAUCACAGCUGGAGGUGACGUACACAUCAACACACAGCAUGAGGUCACACAGAUUGAGGCAAAGAGGAAGCCAGCAGAUACAGAGAAAACAAUUAAACCCUGUGACAUGUUCAAACCCCCCUCUGGAAGAUACAGGCCUACAAGAACGGUGCUGACCAAUGGAAUCGCAGGAAUUGGAAAAACAUUUCUUGUGCGCAAGUUUGUGUUGGACUGGGCUGAAAAAAGAACCAAUCAAGAUGUGCAUCUUGUUUUCCCCUUCACCUUCCGCCAGCUGAAUAUAUUGAAGGAGAAAAAAAUAUGUUGUAGUAUGGCAGAGCUCAUUCAUAAAUGUAUCAGGGAGACCAAAGACAUCAAGAGAGAAGCUCUUAAUUACAUCUUUACAACUCUGCAGUCAUCAGGAAACACCAACUUUGACAAGAGCAGGUUCAAACUUCUCUUUGUGUUGGAUGGACUGGAUGAGAGCCGCCUUCAACUGGACUGUUCUAAUAAUGAAAACCAGGAGGCGGGCUUUGAUGUGACAGAGUCGAUCCCGGUGGAUGUGCUGGUAACAAACCUCAUCAAGAAGAAUCUGCUUCCCUCUGCUCGCCUCUGGAUAACCACACGACCUGCAGCAGCCAAUCAGAUCCAUUCUGAUUUUGUGGACAUCAGGACAGAGGUUAGAGGAUUCACUGACCAGCAGAAGGAGGAGUACUUCAGGAAGAGAUUCAGAGAUGAGGAGCAGGCCAACAGAAUCGUCUCCCACAUCAAGAAAUCACGAAGCCUCCACAUCAUGUGCCACAUCCCAGUCUUCUGCUGGAUCACUGCUACAGUUCUGAAGACCAGAGAGGGAGGAGAGCUGCCCAAGACCCUGACUGAGAUGUACACAGGGUUCUUGAAGUUUCAGGCUCAUCAGAUCAAAAAGAAGUACGACCAAAAAAAGUGCCUUCACUACAUUAAAUCAUUAGCAAAACUGGCUUUCCACCAACUGGAAAAGGGCAACCUGAUCUUCUACGAGAGAGAUCUCAAAGAGAGUGGCAUUGAUGUCAGUGGAGCCUCGGUGUGCUCAGGAGUGUUCACAGAGAUCUUCAAAGAGGAACGUUGGAGGAAGAAAGAUGAAGACAGGAUGUUCAGCUUUUUACAUCUGAGUGUUCAGGAGUUUCUGGCUGCUCUUCAUGUUCACCUGACCUUCAUCAACUCUGGUGUCAAUUUGAUGGCAGAAGAACAAACAACUUCCUGGUGGUGGCUUCCAUUCAGAGAAAAGCCUGUACUAAUACCAUUCUACCAGAGUGCUGUGGACAAGGCCUUAAAGAAUCUAAAUGGACACCUGGAUUUGUUCCUCCGCUUCCUCCUGGGUCUUUCACUGGAGACCAAUCAGAGUGUCCUACGAGGUCUGGUGGCACAAACAGGAAGUAGCUCACACAGCAUUAAGGAAACAGUCCAGUACAUCAAGAAGAAGAUCAGUGAGAAUCAGUAUCCAGAGCAAAGCAUCAACCUGUUCCACUGUCUGAAUGAACUGAAUGAUCGUUCUCUAGUGGAGCAGAUCCAACAGUACCUGAGUUCAGGACGUCUGUCCACAGAUAAACUGUCCCGCGCUCAGUGGUCAGCUCUGGUCUUCAUCUUACUGUCAUCAGAAAACGACCUGGACGUGUUUGACCUGAAGAAAUACUUACCUUCAGAUGAGGGUCUUCUGAGGCUGCUGCCAGUGGUCAAAGCCUCCAACAAAGCUCUACUGAGUUGCUGUAACCUGUCAAAGUGGAGUUGUUUGACUCUGUCCUCAGUUCUCCCGUUCUCCGGUGUGAAAGUGGUGGACCUGAGUUACAACAACCUGCAGGAUUCAGGGGUGAAUGAGCUCUCAGAUGGACUUAAGAGUUCAGGCUGUACACUGAAGACUCUCAGGCUGAGUGGCUGUAAUCUGUCAGAGAGAAGCUGUGAAGCCUUGUCCUCAGUUCUCAGAUGUCGGUCCUCUGCUCUGACAGAGCUGGACCUGAGUAACAACAACCUGCAGGAUUCAGGAGUGAAGCUGCUCUCUGCUGGACUAAAGAGUCCACACUGUACACUGGAGACUCUCAGGUUGAGUCAGACGAGGCUUACAGAAAAAUGCUGUCAGGAGUUCUCAUCAGUUCUCACCUUCCAGACCUGUAUUCACAAAGAGCUGGACCUGAGUGACAACAACCUGCAGGAUUCAGGAGUGAUGAUGCUCUCUGCUGGACUAAAGAGUCCACACUGUACACUGGAGACUCUCAGGCUGUCAGGCUGUCUGAUCACAGAGGAAGGCUGUACCUCUCUGGCCUCAGCUCUGAGCUCCAACCCCUCCCAUCUGAGAGAGCUGGACCUGAGCUACAACCAUCCAGGAGACUCAGGAGUGAAGCUGCUGAUGGAUGGACUGAAGGAUCCACACUGGAGACUGGAGACUCUCAGGUUGGAACAUGGUGGAGAGCAGAGGCUGAAACCAGGUCUGAGGAAGUAUGCCUGUGAACUCACAGUGGACAUGAACACAGUACACCGCCGCCUCAAACUGUCCGACAACAACAGGACGGUGACAGCAGUGAGAACGAGGCAGCCAUAUCCUGAUCAUCUGGACAGAUUUGACUGGUGGCAUCAGCUACUGUGCACGGAUGGUCUGACUGGUCGCUGUUACUGGGAGGUGGAGUGGAGAGGAGAGGUUUAUAUGUCAGUGAGUUACAGAGGAAUCAGGAGGAAAGGAGACAGUGCUGACUGCUGGUUUGUAGGGCAUGAUCAGUCCUGGAGUCUGUGGUGCUGUGAGGAUGAAGGUUAUUUUGUCUGUAGCAAUAAGAGAAGACUAACCCUCCCUUCCUCCUCCUCCUCCUCCUCCUCUUCCUCCUCCUCCUCUGUCUCUAACAGAGUAGCAGUGUAUGUGGACUGUCCUGCUGGCACUCUGUCCUUCUUCAGAGUCUCCUCUGACUCACUGAUCCACCUCCACACCUUCAGCACCACCUUCACCGAGCCUCUUUACCCUGGCUUUGGGUUACGGUCUGGUUCCUCAGUGUCUCUGUGUUCACUGCCUAACCUUUAUGCCCAGGCCAGAAAUCUUGGUUUCAUCUUUGAACAAAUCAACUCAGUCGUGAAUCUGCGCUUUCACGAAACAGUUGGUAGCACAGCUUUCACAUCAAAAUGGAAUUGUGCCAUUAUCUAAUGUGUUGCAUUUUUAAGACCAUACGAAGGCCACCCUCCAUCUCAUGUGAGCCAGCUAUUUGAACUGUCACCUACUUAAAACGUGGACGUACCGAUCUCUAAUUGAGCCGAGGUCAUGCUAACGGUAGCUAACGAGGCUCUAUUGACUUGCAUGUUAAGUAGCUAGCAGGCUAGCGAGGUAGCUGGCUUUGUUGGUGUGUUUUGCGAUCUAUGGUUUAAUUUAAAAAGUAAUAAAUCUGAAGUACGUCAUACAUGAACUCUUUAAACACUAACCUGUUCAGAGUUUAACAUUAUGUUAUUGCUAACACAGCGGACUUUUGUGUGCAGAGCAGACUGCUGCAGUAUAGGAAAAAUACACAGUGCUGGUAUGAAUUAUGUGGUUCAUUCAGAAGUGUGAGAGGACUGAGCUGUUGUCCAUGUGCUUAUUAUGUUAAUCCCUGUGUUGUUUCUUGCACUCUAUGUAAAGAAAAUAAUGUGCUAUACAAAUAAAUUUGCUUUGCAUUACAUUUCCUUUGUCUGACCACAAACAUAUGUUGGAUGUUUUGGUACAAACAAGUUACAGUGUUAGGUGAAACUAGACGUUGAGAAAUAGGUCUGUAUUUGUUACUCUUAUUUACAGCACUUUCAGGAAGUAUGGCCAAACAAUAUUUUUCCAUGCUUGAAAUUACUUACAACUAAAACACUGAUUUAGAUGGAGUGUGAUGAACAUCUUGAGUAACAAUUAUCUCAGAGAAGUGGAACUGAGCUUUGUCAAAUCCACCUCUGAGGUGGGAUCCAAAUAAUCCUGAAAUUUGGUAUCACAUUGAUCCAGAUCUCUCCCUUAAAGGGAAUUUUUUCUAUAUGUUCUCUGACAUUUAUCCUAACGAUAUGAGGCGGUCUUUGUGGAAAAAAAGCUUGUUUAGUGGACUAACUUUGCACUUGAAGGUUGCCCGUUCACUUACGUUUUAACAGGUCUGACGCUACUAUGCGCCCCGGCUGUAUCUAGGCUAACGGCUAACAUGCUAACUAUUAUUUUUAUGUCACUAGUCACUUGAAACAAAUUUAGGACGAUAGGAGACAGGUUGAAAUAAACCGAAAUUUCCCUUUAAUUUUCGAAAUACCCAAAUGCAGCCUUUAUCUGGAUUAAAGGGAGGAUUGGAUCACCAGAUCUGAAUCCUGAUCCUCAGGAUCUGUGUUGAAAUACCCAGCUUUCAGAUCAGAUCAGGAUUUAAUCCAAUCCAGAUCACUUUGAAAUACAGGGCCCAGUAUUUUAAAACUUUUAAUCUGGAUCAGGAUGAUCCGGAUUUUGUAGUCCUCCUUUUUGCUAUCCCAGAUCAAAUUGAUCAAUUUGGUCCUGGUUUUUCAAAGAAUUUUCAGAUAGGAUCAUUCUGAUCCAGAUACCACAAGAUCAGGAUCACAGAAUCUGGAUUUGAGGUCUUUGGAUAUAGGCUGACUACCAUGAUCAUCCCACUUAUAUUUUUACCCCUCAUCUAUUUUUAUUUUGUUAUUCUUCAUGUUGCCUUCAGCACAAGAUUAUGUUGUUUGUCACUUGUUUUAGACAAUAGAUGCAAUUGUGAAUUCACUACAAAAGCAAUUCAAAGUUGCUGUGGAACAAAGUGUCAGCUAAAUGACUAAUGAAAUGUCUAUGUUGUUCAAACUACUACACAACAUUUCAUUGACACAGAUGUGAGAAUGUUGGGAAAUAUAAGUCAGUUUCCAUAAUGAUUCAUAUCCAUCUAGUUGCUUUAUAGUACACAAUACUAUAAGGUACACAAUACAUAUAAAGCCAGAAUUGCAUGACGUGAGUUGGUCAUAACCAUCAGUCUGUUCUAACUAUUGCUUUAACAUUAUUUUGUUUUAUCCUAUGUGAAGCAUUUGUGUCAUGUGGGUACUGUCCCUCCCCCUUUCUUUCUUUUUCAUUUUGGCUUUGUUGUGUUUUUUGGUUGAUUUUUUUUUUGUAUGGUGUUAACUAUGUAUGAA